AGCCGAUCUAACGGUGGAGACGUGGCAAAUCCGAGUGUUAUUGACCGUUGGAUCUUCUCAUUACUUCACUGGAUUCUUCCACGUGUACUAUCUAGAAGAUUCUAUGGUUGGGCUAAAGCCAUAUGGACAUUUUGCAUAAAAUUUAAAGCACACUUCUACUUUAUUCUAGACUCUUCCAUACUCAGACUCUCCUAACUUCUUUUUCUAUCGAAACUAUCAUUCAUUUUACUUCGUAUUCAAGUCUAUGUACCUUCAUAAAUCAUAUUUAUCUUUACAGAUACUGUAGAACAUUAGCUUUGAGAUAGCCAAAAAAGAUACCUAGAUAAAACACGCUCAGUAUAUUUUACGUGAUUUUUGUAUGUUAUACUUCAUGCAUAUGCCUCAUAAUUUCAUUUGCCGGCAUAACUAGCCAAAAAGGAUACCUAGAUAAAACAGGCACAAUAUAUUUUACAGUAACAAUAUGUCUAUCUUUGGUUGUAGUUUGACUAUAUGAGCUCUCACGUGCUAUGCACGUAUAACUUACUAGUAUAAGUAGUGUCAAAAUAUUAUCGCUGGUACCUAAAUAUUUUAUAGCUAGAGCACGAAUCUUGGAACAUACUAUAAAAUUACGCCGUGAGGUAAUUUGUUUGUGUACGACACCCGGCUUCCUGCAUAUACACGUACAUCAUUUUUCCAUCAGAAUCUGUUCCGUAUUAGAUACUACCGGCCAGCACAUCCAGCUCCAGCCCGAGAGAUCCAUGGACGACCUACCGGACGACGCUCUAGGCGAUGUUCUCCGCCGUCUUCCACCACGCUGGCUCGCCGCGUCGCGGUGCGUCUGCAAGGCCUGGCGCCGCACCAUCGACGAGCGCCGCCUCCUGCGCCCUGACCUGCUCCCACUCUCAUUCGCCGGCAUCUUCAUCCAGUUCGACUCACACGCGUUCCCGGAGUUCUUCGCCCGCCCCUCUCCCUCAUCAGCCAAUACCAAGCUCGACUUCUUGCCUCCCCCCAUGUAUCCCUUUGAUGGGGUAGGCGACGGGUUUGACGAAGACUACUUUGUUCGAGACCACUGCAAUGGCCUCCUCCUGACCAGCCUGUACGUUGUCAGCCCUGCCACGCGACGCUGGGAUCUUUUGCCUCCGCGCCGGCGCCCGGCCGAUCCAGAAUGGAUGACCUUUUGGUUCAAUAAGCAUCUAGUCUUCGAUCCCACCGUGUCACCCCACUACCAAGUGUUCAGCAUUCCCAGUUUGCGCGAGCAGAGUACCUAUAGGGACAUGGGGGUCUGCAGUACCGUCCAAUUAGACCGCUUAGUGGAGAAAUCCGAAUGGCCACCGUCUACAUACAUCCUGGAUGUCUUCUCCUCAAAGUCGGAUCGCUGGGAGGAGAGGCCUUUUGUUAGAGAAGGUGAUGUUGCAGGGAUUGUCGCCGAGGCACGACAAGAUCACCCCUACGAAUGGUCAUCGGCCAAACGUGGCGCCGCCUACUGGCAACAAGCACUUUAUGUGCACUGCCAGCCUAAUGCUGUCAUGAGGUGUACAUAUAUAUACUUGAUUACAACAUUACCAAUUUCAUACCGUCACUUGUUUUACCAUGAUCAAAGGAUCACUUGAUUCUAUGGACUUGUAUACAGUUUCUGUCAAUGAUUUGACCUUGCAGGAUAUCUCUUUCCGAUGACAAGUACCGCGUGAUUAAACUACCAACCGACAAGGAAACCAUGGCUUAUCUAGGAAGAUCAAAAAAAGGCGUGUACUAUGCAUCGUUCGUUAAGGAUCUCUUUCGAGUUUGGAUCCUGGAUGAAUCAUAUGGUCAGAUGAAGUGGAUGAUGAAGGGUGAAUAUGACCUUAAGUGCGUGCGAGCGUCAGAUCAGCGUGUUCAUGGUCCAUGGGUCUUACAAGACAUUAACUAUGAAUUCUUCCGUUCUCAACUUCCAGAAGUCAAGAAGAAAGCAAUAGUCCAAGAAAAAACUGACUGGGACUCUGACAAUGACGGUGCAGACAACAUCGUAGACAUGGCUGAAGAGCGUCGUCAUGGAUGUGAUGUACUUGGAUUUCACCCAUUCAAAGAGAUUAUGUUCUUGAGCAGCUUCACCAAAGAAACAUGGGAUGCUACGGUACACGCCUACCAUUUGAAUAGCUCGAGGGUUGAAUGCUUAGGCAACAUGCGCCCAGCCUGUUAUAAUCUUUUUGAAGGCUUCAGAUCUACCGAACAAAAUUAUGAAUAUUUUCCGUACACGCCAUGUUGGGUAGGCGAGUUCCAUAGCAACAACAAAUGUAAUUUAUAACGGCAGUCAUCUGGAACAAACCUGGGUAUGCGGUUUUAGUUUUGAUUAUUUAUUUUCUGCAGUGCGUACAUUAUUGUUAUGUUAUUAGCUAGAUAUAUAUUUGUAAUUUAUCGGUAUAAACAAUCUAGAUUCUUGUGUGAAUCUUGCAUGUGUUUUUGACUCAAAUUAAGCAUCUAGCUAGUAUGAACAAGUCGAUCAAUAUGAGCAGGGUUUGCACUACAAAAAACUAGCUAGAAACUCUUAACUGACACACCACUAACUAAUGGAUACACAGUGAGGUACCUGUUGCCGCGAGAAACAUCACAUCAUCUGAUUUGCAUCGACCAAACACGAAUCAGUCGUCACUCGUCAACCUGAAACAACAUUCAUGCCAGAUCAUAAGAUAUGCAGCAACAGGCGUCUUUUUGCUUAGUUGCCUCAUCACCAUGGCGUCACAAACACAAUGGUCUGGUCUGGACCCAACUACUGAAAAGGAUGCAAACAGGGUCAGCUCGCAAAA